GUAUGAGGUCAGCGAUCUUCCUAUCAACGAAGUGAAGAAGUAAAAUUGUGGCUAUUCAUCGCAUCUUAUUUCUUGUAACGUUAAUAACUUGCUUUCGUCAGUCAUAGCAGCAAUGGAAUUGACAGAACUGUACAUUUAUUUAGUGUUAAUGAUACUUAAUAUUCUUCCAAACGUUCGGCAAGCAGACGGGAAUAGCGACGAGUCUUUAGAACGCUACAAAAUCGAUGGAAAAGUGACCAUACAAGGCUUCAAACCAGCUGGUAAGACUUUGAACUGUGUAUUUUCUUGUAACAGUGGUUUGGAUAAUUCUUCUAGCGCUCUCUAAUUUUGUUGCAGGUAGCUUUGAAAUGUACUCAUGAUAAUAUGCUAUUAAAGGUCUCAUCAAUAAAUUCUGCUAUAAAUUUACACCUGGGAGUAAAACAGAAUUAUUGUUUGUUUCAAAAGCUUACAUUUGUAAGAUUAAAUAUAUAGUUAUAUGGAAUAGGAUAACCUUAUAAGCAGGUUAACUGAAUUAAGUUAGCCCGUACAGUAGAGUGGAAUGAAAUAGACCAUCCGUGCUCGGUUUAAAAUACAGACAAUGGAAUUUAGAUCAGAUGUAACAUGCAGAAUAAGGAUAAUGUUAUAUUUCAAAAAAAAUAUUCUAUUAUUUGAGUGUAUGUUCUGUCAGGGAACACAUAUGAAGUCAAAAUGUAGUGAGUACAAUAAAGUGGUAUUGUAAGCCACAGGAGCCUUGUGUUACAGAAUGUAACUAAUGCUUGACCCUUUCAGAGGUUUGACAAGCCAGUAGAUCACUAAUUAGAGCUAAAAAUAACCCCCACAAUAUAGAAAUCUGUUAAGUUUCAAGACUAUGUAGACUUAAUUCUUCGACAAUUUUCUAGAAAUCUUUUUUCAAAGUAUUAAUUUUAGAAUGAGCUAUUCAGCAGUGUCAAUGGCUUUUCACCAACUGAUCUGUGUCUUAAUCCUUUAAACCUCAAGAUCCAAACAGUAAUUCUCAUCACUGCCUGCCAUAUAUUUCCCUUGAGAAUUAGGUAGGAGCAUUUGGUCUUAUAUCAAGAUAACACCUUCCAGAGGAUGCAGUUUUCAGUUCUCAAGACCCGUUAGCCAUAAAAUUUAUUUGAAUUGAAAGGACAAAUUCUACGGAACCCAAGAUUUUCUUUCCUUAUCAGAGAAGACUAGAAUUUCUAACCAUUACAGAUGUCACAACAAAGACAACACAUUCUCCUCAAUUAUUUGAAGACCCUACGCGUUGGUUUGGUCAAGGGCUCAAACCCUUGACCUCACAGAAGACAGUCCAGCGCUCCACAACAUGAGCUAACCAGGCAGUGAGAUUAAUGAAGUGUUUUUCUUUCUAUUAGAUUGGAUUUCUCAAACCAGAAUUCUUGUAGAUGGUGGGAGUUACAUUGGCUUUCUCAAAACUGAUGGCAGUUUUACUGUAAAUGAUGUUCCAGCUGGUUCAUAUGUAGUAGAAGUUCUGUCACCAAACAACCUCUUUGAGCCUGUGAGAGUUGACAUCAGUGGCAGAGCAAAGGGUAAAAUCAGGGCAAGAAAAGUGAACUUUCUUCAGAAUUCAGCUGUUGUCACUGUCCCAUAUCCCCUAAAGUUCAAAGUAAAAGAACCAGCACCUUUCUUUGAGAAGAGAGAACAGUGGAAAGUCACUGAUAUGCUUUUUAAUCCCAUGGUAAGUUGUCCCAGCAACUGUGUAUAGAAUAAAAGGAAGAGUAGUUCCUCAGAAAGCUUUGUCAGUUGUUCAAUGUUCUUAUUUUGAGCAUGAGAAGUCAAAGAACUUUUCAAACCAGUAGCGCAGUCUUUUAACCUGUUUAGUUUUCAAGAAUCCAAAGCAAUUUUGAGGUGGUAAUAAGUGGUACUUCAGGUGGUAAAUUACAGCCGUUUAAUGGUUACUGACUGAAAAGGAGAACACUGGUUAAUGAGUGGCAGAUGACGGUUUUCCUACAACCAUUUGCACUUCAGCUUGUGGUUGCUUUGAAUAUGAUAACAAUCAUUUGGCUAGCCUGGAGUCAGUUCGAAUAUUUGACUCUAUCUUGUAGCACAUGGUUCAUCUUUUUGUUCCUUCGGCUUUCUCCUACUUUGAGAUAAACCAUAAUGCUAUGUUCAAGAGAUACCAAAACUACUGUAAGUUUAAGUUUUGAUCCUGGAUUAAAGCCAAGAUCCCAAUUUAUUCUUUUUCUUCUUCACAGGUACUGAUGAUGGUUCUACCACUCCUGUUGUUGUUAGUUUUACCAAAACUUAUUAACAGUCAGGAUCCAGAAACGCAAAAGGUAGGAAAAAACUUUCAGCAUUUACAAUAUGUAUGAACAGAGUAAGCACUCAGGCUGCUUGUGUUGGUCUUAGCUAAGACUUGAUCAAAUGAUCAAAAACUUCAGGAUUAGUGCUGGAUCAAUAUCAGUAUCUGGGCAACUGCCCACCUACCCCUCCCCUAACCCAACAUUAACCCUAAUUUGUUAUCAAUUGACUGUUGUUGGGUUAGGGGAGGGGUAGGUGGGCAGUUGCCCAGAUACUGAUAUUGAUCCUUAGUGCCUAACCCUCUGACCCAUAGGAGUGACUAGCUUCUAAUUCUCGUCACAAUAUUACCCUUGAGUCCACAUUACGGUCACAAUAGUAAAGGAAAUGAUCACCAGAUAAAGAAGCCCUUGAUUGUUGAACAAAUUCUCCUUGUCAGCACCUUAGGAAAGUUAUAGAGGACAGUAUGGAGAAUAUGCAUACUGAUGUUGGGUGACUAGAGGGAUAAACUGUAUUUCAGUAGCAUCAUGCAUUCUUUCAAGAAUCCUCAGCCAUGUAUUUGAUGGUAUUUGUGUCCAAUAAUGCUGUAGUGCUGACUGGAUAAACAAGAGGAACUUACAAGAAAAUAAUGGAAUAAAUGGAAGGAUUUUUCUGCUCCCUGUGUUCUCUCCCUCCUUUUGCUUGCUCCACUGUCUAUUGUUCCACUAGAUCUGAUAUGUGACUGUUUUCUAACUGAAUCCCUAAGAAAGAAAUUGUUUCUGGCUUUUUCCUAUACACAGCAUAGUUCAUUUUAGGGUUACAUUAAUACUAAUUAAUUGUUUGUACCUUUGGUGUAAUCAUUAUUUGAUUUUUACCAAGGAAAUGCAGUCUUCAAUGAACAUGUUUAACCAGUCAAAAGAUCUCCCUGACAUCUCAGACUGGUUUGCGAAGAACUUUUCAUCUGGAAGUAAGAAAAAGACAACCAGCAAAGUUGGGCAGAAGAAAGCUGGGGUAGGCAGUGUAAGAAGACGAUGAGUUCCUUUGUGAAUUGUGCAGUAAUGUUCCAUGAUAAAUGUUAAGGUUUGAUUCCAUACUGCCUGUAAGGAUCUUCCAAACUACAUGUAACAAUAUUCUCUUUUCAAUGUGGAAACAAUAUGAAACUAGAACUAGGGUCUGGUCCUGACACUGAUGUUGAAAUGACUUGUAUUUUUUAUUUCUUGGUUCUUUAGUAAACCUCAUGUGCUGUUAAUAUAAUCAAUUGACAUUGUUUGUUUUAUCCACUUUUGGGCUCAUUUAUUGAUUACUUGAAAAAAAAUCGAUAUCAUAAACAACUGUUAACUAACAAGUAUGGAAUACUUGACUUAAAUUGUAGGUUUUCUUUUUCCUCAAAAAUAUGACUCAUACACAGUUUUUUAAAGCUAUACAGACCAAGAUCUCAAUU